AUGUCAGGGUCUACCACUGCUACGGUGCCGCGACAUGACUCGUCGGGAGAGCUGCCUGCGCGGGCGUCGGGCCACGCCACGUCUUGGGCAUACUCGGCGGCGACAGAGACGACCAAGCGCCGCCGAGCGGUCCAAGAGUCGGCCUCGCGCCGGGCCGCAGAAGACGCCGUCGAUGAUCCCAACUUCUUGGAGAAGGGCGAGGUCCGCGGCCUUCCGCACGUCGUCACUCCGGCCGAGCCCCAUGGCUCGUCAGCAUCGCUCCGCGUCGCCGCCAUGCUCGAGGCCCGCGCCACCCGUCACCACGACUUGCUCCGCAAGCUCGAUGCCGAACUCGAUGCCAAGACCGCCGAGCUGACCGCCGACAUGGACCGCCUGGCGCGGACGUUCAAGGCCGAGCUCGACGCCGACGACGCGCGCGUUGCCGCAGACCGCGACAAACUCUGCUCAUCUGAGCUUGCCACCCUACCCAAAAUCCAAGUCGAGCGGCUGGCUGAGACCUACCGCGCGCUCACUGCCAAGCGUCGGCACCAGGCUGCCAUGACCACCACGGCCAUGCGCGAGAGCCUCGCUCAGCACUCAUCCGCGCUAGAGGCGUUGCUUGCCUCGUACGCUCCGCAGCUCAUCGACAUUGCCCAUGUCCUGCCCAACGACGUCGAGCGGCUCUGCAAGGAGCGCGCUCACAAGCUCAAUCUGCAAGCUGUCGCCUCGGAGCAUGCGCUGCUCGCAUUCGAGGCCCGGUUCGAGGCUUCCGAGCUGGCUGCCGCCCGCGAGCGCGACGCUCUUCUGCGCAAGCUCUUUGACGAGCUCAUUGUCGAUCAGGGCGAGUCGUAUCGCGCUCUUGUCGAGGUCAUCCACCGCAUUAUCAGCUUCCAGCCCCCCGCUCUGACCACCGCCGAUGCUGACGCCUUUGCCCGUGACCUUGGCCGCGCGCUGGCCGCGUUGGCUGCCACCCACGCCACCCGCCUCGGCCAGGUCCUUGCCCUCGAUGCCGCCAUCCAGGCCGACGCCGACACCGCCGCCGCUCAGCUCGGUGACGAGCUGGCUAUUGUUGCCGGUAGCUACUCGCCCGAGGUCGAUGCCCAGGUUCGUGCAGUCGCCGAGCCGCGGCUUGCCCAGCGUGCUGGCCAGCGUGCCGGCCUUCUCGCCCUCCUUCAUGCCGUCCUCCACGACGCCAUGGCCGACCUUGCGCUCUCGGCCCACGGCCUGUUUCAGUACGUGGGCGCGGCCGUCGCGCUCUGGGACGGGCACGCUGCCGCCGUAGCUGCCGCCAAGGCUGCUGUCGAGCGGGACAUUGACAGCUUGCACGACGCGCACGUCGCCAAGGUUGAUGCCCUCGAAACCGCCCUCACAGACGUCAUCGACCAGCUCCGCAAGCUGACGCUUGCACUGCAGGCACUCAACUCUCUCGAGACCCAGCACCGCGAGCUCACUGAUGCUGUCGCCAAACGACUCGACGCCCACGCCUCGACCAUCACUUUGGCAUUGGAGACGUACAGCACUGGAGUGCGCGCCAUGUUCUGCCUCGUCCCGCGUCGCGAGUACGAGGUCUGGCUCGCAGCUCGCGGCCUUGUUGCCUUUCCACAUGCCCCCAAGGCGCUUUCGCGCACCCCAAGCACCCCGGCCACCAACAAGCGGGCGAGCGGGAGCAACAGCAGUGGCUCUGGGUCGGCGGCUGACAAGUCACUCGCAUCGCUGCCCUCUGCCUUUUGCACUGUUGCGCCUGAACCAGCCGAGGCAGCCGAAGCGGAACAAUUGACUGCUCUCCAACUGGCUCUCGUCGUCUCUGCGCCGCAAUCGUCGCCGCUUCGGCCAAUGCGCGACGCCCUUGUCAAGGCCCUGGCGUUGCCGGCGGAGCCAUCUCCUGCGCCGCAGCCGUCCCCGUCACCAGCCCGCUCGAAGCGCCCAGACCGCAGCGAACGUGCUUCGUCGGGCUCUCACUCAACUGCUGCAGCGGCUGCCGCGAGCGUCAGGGCCUUGUUUGGCGACCUCCUCCAGCCGACCGAGCAGCCACUGGAUUCGAUGCUUGAAAAGCGCGGCGUGGCAGAGGAUGUCCACGUCGUCACCACCAAGGCCGGUGACCAGUUUGUUGUCCUCCCGCCGAGGCACUUUGAAGUGUACACCACCGCGCUUCUCGUCGAGAGUGAGUCGAUUGAGGCAAGCCCGGCGCGGACGAACCGGACACCUGUACGGGGCCGCCGCAGUGGGCCAGGCACACCGACAAGUGCGGGAAACAAGACCCGUGAGACAAGCGAUGCCCGUGAGGGCUCCAAGUCGCGCGCGCGCAAGGGCAAGGCCACGCCAUCGCGCGAGUCGGGCGCGUCGCCAAGCAGGACGUCCAAGGCCACGCCGUCGCGGUCUCGCCCGCGAUCAGUGGCGUCGACCGCCGGUGAUGACGACGCCAAGGCUGCUGCUGCUGCAGGCGAGGCUGAGGCCUCGCAGCGGAAAGCGGCCUGGGAGUGGCUCACAGCCUUUCUCGACCCACAGCUCUCGGCCCACAUCGAUUCAGAGAUCUCAGCGCGGCUGGCGUCUGCCCCCGAGUGGAUGGCGCAUGCUCUUGAGACAGGUGCCGUUCCUCUCUCUGUCCUCAUGCCUGUCGCGGCAUCUAGCCCGCGUUCUGCGUCGGGCGCUCGCUCGGGGCGAGAAAGCGUCGCGUCGGACACGAGUGCAUCCAACGGCGCCGAGGCCAAAGUCAACGAGAGAGCGCUAGUGGUGCGGCGCGGCCGGAUGUUGGUUGACGCCGACGGCAAGCCUGUUGUUCAUGAGCUCAAGUCGCCAACGCCAGUGGUGCGGUUCCUGCAAGAGCAGCUCCGGCGGGCGUUCAUGACUCAUCUCGGCGAGUGGCAGGCGGCCGAGUCCGCGGCAGUGGCCGAGUAUGUAGAGAAGCGUGCGGCGAGGCAUGCCGCGCAGCUUGACGAAUUUCUCCGUUUCCACCGCCCGCGCAAGGAUCGCAUCGAGCUGGACGUUGCCCACGUCCGCGCUGUCGAGCUGCAGGCCAAUAACGUGCGGCUCGAGCGGCAUGUGGAGGGCAUCCAGAAGCGUGCACUCGGUGACGAUAGCCACAUGUCGGAUGCCGUUUCCGCCAUGAAGGCCACCGCCGACGGCUUUGCAGCCUAUGUCUCGGAGAAGCAGGAGGUGCUUGGCUCGGCAUCGAGCACGGCUUCGCUCGAGUACUACCAGCGCGAGGUCCGCGGUCGCGCGGCGGCAGCGGUGGCUGCGCUCGAGACUACCGUCGCGCAGGCUGUGACCGGUUUGGCCAAGUCGCACGAGGCGGCUCUGAUGGCCAACGUUCGUUUCAGCGACGCUGUCGGCUCGCUGGCUGGCGGCGGGGCAUCAGCGGUCGGGCCAUCGCUGGCGCUCGUGGCCUCGGCGUCGUCAGACGCUCUCGGGCGCAACAAGGCCAGCUACCACGCCGACGAGAUCCGAGGCGUCCAGGCUAAGCUGGGCAAGCUCGAGGCGUGGCUCAAGACUCGCCACGCAGCCCAGGUUGAGGCACUUCACAAGGCGCGGACCGAGCAAGAGAGUCGCCUGACCGCAAGUGUUGCUAGCUUUGAUGAGGCGCUCAAGGACCAUGUCCGCGACACCACAUUCCUCGCGCAGCUCUCGCUCAUGCUCGGCUCGGUCAACAUGGCCAUCCGUGCAGAACAGGCCGGCUCGGACAAGGCGGACGAGGACAUCCGGGUGGCCCUCGGUAAGCUGCAUGCAAUCAUCAAGGUCGAUGCCUCGACCGAUGCGGCCAAGUCGUUCAAGGCCGGCACGCCACCACUGGCCACCCGCCUCUUGCUUCAGCUCCACAAGGUGCUCUCUCUGCUUCAUGCGCGCGGCAAGUACCUCGAUGCUCUUGUCACCGACGUGCUCCUUCCGCCAGGCCUUACCACCGACGCCGUCCGGGCGGCGCUCGGCGCAAAGUCGAUGGUGGCUGUCAUGCAGGAGCCGUCGCCUGACGCUGAGGACCACAUCCUCGCCAUCCCACCGUGGCUGCAACCAGAGCCGUCGGCUUCCGACGAGGUUGAUGGCACACCCCCGGCGUCCCUGCCCGAGCCGAUGUCGUCGGCGCGGUCUUCAGUCAGCGGUGCCUCCCCGCGAGUCCGCAGGCCGGCUCGCGAGGCGACUGGGAGCAACACAAGCGGAACGGCACGGGCACGGCAAGGUCGGCGCGGUGCUCGCAUCGGAAGUGCUCGCUCGGGCGCGGGUCGACGCGGCACGGGGCAAGCCGGCGAGCCAGCUGACGAGCGCAGCAGUGCCGGUGGAAGCGGAAACGGAGCAACCGGGAACGCUGGAAGUGGUGACGAGACCGGGGACGAGAAAAAGAAGCCGUUGCGGCCGGGCGACAUGAGCUUUGACAUGGCUGGGCUCGACAACAAGUUCCGGGACCGCAUCGAUGCGUACAUUGCGCAAGGGCGCGAGCGGUUAUUUGCUCUUGUAGCCGACUACUACGCCACGCUCGACGCAACGACGCUGACGCGCGAAGCGUCGAUUGCAGCUACCGAGGAGGAGGCGCAGCAAGAGGUCAAUGCCGAGCUGGGCAAGCUGGUGGCGAGCUCCGAAACGUUCCGGCAAGCAUCACUCGACGGCUUCCGCACGGUGGCGUCGUCGGUACAGACCCUGUUCUCGGCCAUUCCGCCGAUGGUCUAUGCGGACAUUCGGGCGCACAUGCUGCUCUCGGCCGAGGCUGCCAAAGAGGGCACCGCCGCCGGGCUCGCUGUCGAGCUGCGCGAAUCGGAGGAGGCGCAGCGCGAGCAUGCCAACGCUCUGCGCCCGGUCCUCGCGCAUCCCAACCGGCGUAGUGAGCUUGCUGCGCUUCACGCCGCCGAGCACAAGCGAUGUAAGGAGCUGAUGGCAGCCAUUGCUGCCGCCGGCAUCGAGGCGCAGCGAAGAGAGGUCAAGAUCGGCCUGCGGUUUGUCGGGGAGAGCAAUAACGCGACGCUCAUUUUGCUCGCGCUCGCCGACGCCCUCAUUACCGACGAGGACUGCGUCCGCGCACCUGUGCUGGCGCAGAUGCGGACAAACCACCGCUCGCUCCGCGAGCUGAUGGUGGCGCGGCAGAAGCGCGAACGGCGCAAGCUGACACGGCGGCCGUCGCGCCGCAAGUCGCACGCUGAAGCGGAGACUAGUGGCGCAUCGGCUGGUAGUGGGCGGGCUGGCGGGAUCUCGAGUGGGAGCUCGCGGCGCUCGCGGAGGAGUGGAGGUCAUCCAAGCUCGAACGUGACUGCGACCGAGGCUGAACGAUCGACUACAUCAGGCCCGGACAGUCUGCGGAUGCGAUCGACGACUGAAGUCCCUCUGCUCAGCACUAGUGUCCUUGACUUUGACGGCCUUGUGGCGAGCGGCAUCGUCCGUGGCGAAAAACCUGCCACUCAGGCUGCAUCCGAUGUCCUUUCUACAUCGCAGCCUGGAAGCAGGAGUCCAGGAGGACAGCUGGCAGGUGAGCGGCACUUCUCGCUCUCACUCGGAACCGUCGAGUCGCGAUCCAGCGCGCUCAGAGUCUCGCCGCGGGCGGCAGCGCUGCGGUCGGGCUCGCGGUCGAGCUCGCGCGCCGGCUCGCGUGCCGGCUCGCGGCUAGAGGGCCGGCGGUCGAGCUCGCGGAUGGCGUCGCGACAGGGUAAGCGCUCCGGGCGGCGCGGGCUCGGUACACCAGGCGGGGCGUCGCCGGGUGGCGGGCUGCCAGGCGGCGGCGACGAAGCAGUUGGUGGAGCAGGCGAGGCCGAACCCGUGCGAACGGCAGAAGAGGCUGUGGCGCGUGCGCUGUCGACGGCGGACGACCCGUUUGACAUCGCAAUGGUGGAGAAGAUGUACGCGCGAGCGGUUGAGUCGGAGUUUGUGUCUGCGGUGGUAGGCGAGCGCAACUCUGUGACACGUCCACGAGUCGAACGAUGA